CGCAUAAUCGUAUUUGUUUUCUUCGAGUGAUGAAUCUUCAAAUUAUCCCCCGGUUAUUCUGCCAGCAAGCCAGGAAAUACAGCUACAAACCAGUGAAACGAGUGUCCUUACCACCAGCAAGCAAACUGCCACCGAAACCGGACCACCAGUCCGGCAAUUUAUCACUGAUAAAUGAUCUCAAAUCGAGGAUUCUCGCCACCGGGCCGAUUCCAGUGGCAGCCUACAUGAAGCAAGUCCUAACGAAUCCAGCCGCCGGGUACUACAUGACCACCGGAGAUGUUCUGGGAAAGAAAGGAGAUUUCAUCACCUCACCGGAAAUUGGGCAGAUUUUCGGCGAAAUGAUUGCAGUGUGGUGCGUAAACGAGUGGUCCAAGUUUGGUCGCCCGGCACCGUUCCAGCUGAUCGAGCUGGGACCGGGGAAAGGAACGAUGAUGCGUGAUAUUCUGAGGGUGUUCGAUACGUUGAAGGUGAGUCAAGGUCUGGCCGUUCAGAUGGUCGAAAUGAGUGAGCAUUUGAGUGAGGUGCAGGCUAAGUUGCUGUGCAGGAGCAGUACGGAAUAUACGGAUAAACCGUACUAUCGAGCGGGUGUAACGGCAAGCGGAACGAAGGUUUAUUGGUACCGUCAGUUGACUGAUGUACCGGAAGGAUUUGCAAUUUUCCUGGCCCAUGAAUUUUUCGAUGCUUUACCGAUUCACAAGUUUAUGAAGCAGGAAAAUGUGUGGAAAGAAGUCCUAGUCGACAUUGAGCCUAAGAGCGAAGACAAAUUCCGAUUCAUUCUGUCCAAAUCGGAAACUCCUAUGUUACGAUUGUUUUUGAACAAUUAUCCGGAUCUAGUCAAGGACAGAAAUCACAUCGAAAUAUCCUUUGAGGUGGAAUCCGUGAUACGACAGAUAGGGGAACGAUUCCACGCGAACGGAGGUUUUGCACUGGUAGUGGAUUACGGUCACUUGGGAGACAAAGGAGAUACGUUUCGAGCGUUCAAAAAUCACAAACUGCACGAUCCCUUGGUGGAACCGGGGAGUGCCGACUUGACGGCCGAUGUAGAUUUUAGAAUGUUGAAUCGAUUCUGUGAGGAUACGGCGCAAAUGGUGACGAUCGGUCCGACCAGUCAGCGGACGUUUUUGGAAGCUGCUGGAGCAAACGAGCGGUUGAAGAUUUUGAUGAGCAGUAGCAGCAUUAGCGAAGGGGAUAAACAACGAUUGCAGGAUGGAUUCAAGAUGCUAACCGAUCCGGAGCAGAUGGGGGAGAGGUUCAAAUUUUUCGGGCUGUACCCGAAAGAGUUGGAAAGUUUUAUUAAGGAGAAGUGAUGAGGGU